ACGAAAUGUAGCGAAGAGAAGUACAGUAGUAAGAGUAACGUUGUAGCCGCCGCCGGCCAAGGGGGCGCGCCGGGAGGGGACGCCGCACCCCCCUUUUGACUUAGGGACUCCCCCAUCAAGCCACCAGAGGGAGGAGGCGCUCGAGGACCCGCCCCGGCCCGGUCCCCGUUUCCCCCCAGGAAGCCGGACUCUAUGGGGCGGGACCCUGGGGGAGACUAAGCAGAACCUGGAGCCAGGCCCGAAGCUCUGAACCUCGAGCCAGGGGCGCCCCGGGAGCACCUACCCCGUGGGCGCGCCGACCGCACGUCGAGCAGCCAUGAGUGAGACGGUCAUCUGUUCCAGCUGGGCCACUGUGAUGCUUUACGAUGACAGCAACAAGCGAUGGCUCCCUGCAGGCACGGGUCCCCAGGCCUUCAGCCGUGUCCAGAUCUACCACAACCCCACAGCCAAUUCCUUCCGGGUUGUGGGCCGGAAAAUGCAGACCGACCAGCAGGUGGUCAUCAACUGUGCCAUUGUCCGGGGUGUCAAGUAUAACCAGGCCACCCCCAACUUCCAUCAGUGGCGUGAUGCCCGCCAAGUCUGGGGCCUCAACUUCAACACCAAGGAAGAUGCAGCACAGUUUGCCGCUGGCAUGGCCAGUGCCCUAGAGGCGUUGGAAGGAGGUGGGCCUCCUCCACCAGCAGCACCUCCCGCCUGGUCCGUCCAGAAUGGCCCCUCCCCAGAGGAGGUGGAGCAGCAGAAAAGGCAGCAGUCCAGCCAGCCAGAGCACUUGGAGCGCCGGGUCUCCAAUGCAGGAGGCCCACCUGCUCCCCCAGCUGGAGGUCCACCCCCACCUCCAGGACCUCCUCCUCCUCCGGGUCCUCCCCCACCGCCAGGUCUGCCCCCGUUGGGGGUCUCGACUGCAGGGCAUGGAGCAGGGGGAGGCCCACCUCCUGCACCCCCACUUCCCACAGCACAGGGACCCAGUGGUGGGGGGGCUGGGGCCCCCGGCCUGGCCGCAGCCAUUGCUGGAGCCAAACUCAGGAAAGUCAGCAAGCAGGAGGAGGCCUCUGGGGGGCCCUUGGCCCCCAAAGCUGAGAGCAGUCGAGGCACAGGUGGGGGGCUCAUGGAAGAGAUGAAUGCCAUGCUGGCCCGGAGAAGGAAAGCCACACAAGUUGGGGAGAAGUCCCCCAAGGAUGAUUCUGCCACUCAGGAGGAGCCAGAGGCCAGAGUCCCAGCCCAGAGUGAAUCUGUGCGGAGACCCUGGGAGAAGAACAGCACAACCUUGCCAAGGAUGAAGUCAUCUUCUUCGGUGACCAGUUCUGAGGCCCACCCCUCUACGCCCAGCUCCAGUGAUGAGUCAGACAUGGAGAGGGUGAAGCAGGAACUUCUGGAAGAGGUGAGGAAGGAAUUGCAGAAAAUGAAAGAGGAAAUAAUUGAAGCCUUUGUCCAGGAGCUGAGGAAGCGGGGUUCUCCCUGACCACGGGGACCCAGAAGACUGUUUCUCCUUUCCGCACACCCCGCCUGUCACCCUGCUUUUCCUGCCUCAACUUGACAUGGAAUUGGCUGAAGACUACACAGGAAUGCAUCUUCCCCACUCCCCGUCCCACUUGGAGAAUUCCAAGGGGGUGUGGCCUUCCUAGCACCAUGUCCACACCCAUACUGGCUGCUGAUUGGCUGGGGAAGCCCCCACCCUUUGCUUCCUUUGGUUCUUCCCCUUUGCCAUCCCCUUGGGGCUGGUUCCUCUGCUGGGGAUGUACCAGUCAACCCCACAGUAAGGAGGAAGGAAGGAGGGAAUUUCACAUUCCCUUGUUCUAGAUUCACUUUAAUGCUUAAUGCCUUCAAUUUUUUGUUUUUUUAAGGGGAAAAAAAUAUAUAUAUAUAUUUGAGUUUUGGGGGGAAAGGGAAACUUUUUCUCUUUGAUUUUGAUAUAAUGGGCUGUGGGAGUUUUUAAAUGCUGUACCCCAGGCUUUCCUGAUUUGGGGCAGCUAUUUAGAGGGGGGGAUGUCCCACCAGGUGGGGGUGCCUCUUCCCACCCCAGAGACUCUUUCCCUCUGGCUCCUUCCCCUUUUCUAUGAGGAAUUAAGAUGCUGUAACUUUUUAGAACCUCGGUUUUUUGGUUUUUUAUUUGGGUAGGUUUGGGGGUCCAGCCCAUUUUUACUCCCUGGAAAAAAUAAGACGAGGCAGAAAGCAAAAGGGGAGGAAACCUCUCCUUUACCUUUAGCUUCUUGAAAAUGGGCCCCUGUGUAAUAAAUCUGCCAGUUUUUGUAAA